GCGCCAGGUUUAUUAUCUCCCCGCCUCGCUACCCUCUUCCCACAGUUUUCCUCCGCCCUCGGCCCUCUCCUUCCUCCACCGUACCCCAAAGCAAUGGUGAGGCUGGGGCCUCUGGCCGCGCAGCACGCCGGACCGUUCGCCCGCGACCUGGGGCUGGGAAGCCCCGCGGCGCUCCUGGCCUUCGCCGUCGUCGCGGCGGUGGCCGUGGCGGCCGUGGCGGCCUUCGGCUGCGCCAAGGGGGCCAAGAAGCCGCGCCGGCAGGACAACAACAACGUCUACUACUACGGCCAGGGGUACCCGCCGCCGCCCCCCGCCGGGGCGUACGGGUACCCGCCGCCCCCGGGCUACGCGUACCCUCCGCCGCCCGUGGACGCCGGGAGGAAGCAGGGAGGCCGCAUGGGAGCCGGCGCGGGGCUUGCCCUCGGCGCCGGCGCCGGCCUGGCCACCGGCGUCAUCGUCGGCUCGGCGCUCAGCUCCGGCUGCGGAGGAGGCGGUGGCUGCGGCGGCGGGUGCGGUGGCGGGUGCGGCGGUUGACUCGAUCGUAUCGUGCUCCGUGUUUAUCGCCUUGCGUUGGCGUGCGUACGUAGUGGUUAGACAGUUGGGCUUUGAUAAUUGUAGAUACUGGUAUACUAUUAUACGUACUGCCUCUACGUCCACUUGUUUAAUUAUUACUAUUAUACGUGAUGAGUACAUAUUGUUAAACAGCGUGAUUUGGGGCGUGCAUGCCGUUCGUUUUCAUGUAACAAACGAUAUGUAUAGUGAUGAUCAAGACAUGCAUGGAAAUGAGAAUGAUGGUUUGGUUGCAGGACAAGA